CCGCACCCUCUUUCCUAGGCACCCACUACAUCCGCGGAGUCAACAAUGCCUCCCAGCCCUGGCACAGCUCAGAAGGCCGCAAGCAAUACAGCCUGAAGCCUGCCAACCCCACAGAGGAAGGGCUGGCCAGCCUGCACAGCGUCCUCUUCCGCAAGCAGCCUUUCCUCUGGAGGGCUGCCCUCCUCUACUACACCGUCUGCCAGGCUGGGCGCCUGUCCUUCUGCGAACUCUUCCGGGACCUGGGGCGCUACGUGCAGGAUGCCGGGGUCCGGUGGGAGUACUGCGUGCGAGCCAAGCGAGGCCAGGCCGACACCUCAUUGCCAGGCUGCUUCAGCAAAGACCAGGUGUACCUGGAAGGAAUCCUCCAGAUCCUCCGGCAUCGACAAACGAUUGAUUUCCAGUUGCUGGCUGCCCUGGGCAAGGUAGGUGGAGGGAGGCCACUUGCUUUUGGCUCUGGCACAGCCCUCCCAGCGGAGACGG